CCAGGCAUAAUUUAUGGAAAAUAUGUGUUAUUCUAUUCUUUACUUAUAUUCAAAAGAAGGAUUAAAUGGGAAUCUAACGAGAAGCUAGUUUUCGAUCGAUUGCUCAGUCGUUCCCUCCCUACCCAAUUAUGGCCGCAAUGAGUUUUUGUAAUUUACAUUUCAUUUAGUUGGACGGCGAUUGAUAUUGAAUGCGUUUAACGAAAACUUGUGCGGUUUUUGCUGUUUGUUGUGGUCGUACCUGAACGGUGACUCUCCCACCAGAUCAUAGGGCGACGCCAGGUGCAGAGAGAUACAUCCCCAACAUGAUUGUUAUGCGGCCUCCAGAAUGUCUUGGCCAUCAUCUGAAAACUAUUCCAGAGGAAGGAUCCUGGUAGAGUAAUUUGUGUGUCGACCUUUCAGGCUGUUUCAGGCACAUUUGUGAAGAAAGCGAGUUCACCGGCUGCGCAAGGUAAGUGAGAGGGCUCCACCGUAACAGCGGAAAUCAGUUCCAUUCCGACGGAGGGGACUCGGAGGAGGGAACCUGUGCAUCAGUCACAUCAAAGUUCAAUGUAGUUUGUCACUAUAGAUUCAUAAAAUUACGUUGCCUAAGAUCCGCUGUGGACUGGAUGAGUUAACCUGGAGGACAGUCAGCAACAUUACAGAGGUAAUUUUCAAGGAAUAGGCAUCGAAGUUUUGGCAGCUCUAGGCGCACAAAGUGCCUGGAUUGCUAUUUCUUCCAAACUAAGGAGUUUCCAUUCAAUAUCGACACAAGCUUCUGAGGGACACUGGAAGUGUUCCGGGACGAAACGCUUCUAAGCAGGGAGCAGUAUUAAACACUGUUAUUUGGAGACCGAAACAGUCUACCAGGAAGUUCUUAUACAGUUCCCAAACCAAGACUAGUAUAGAUAGUUUAAUGCUAGUGUAAUGAAAAUCAAUAAACGUUACUGUUAAGGUUGAUGAUGAUCUCUCCGAAAAGAAACGUUGUAUUAAAAAAUCUGUCAAGGCUGUCUUGUAGAGCUCAAAAAGUCACAUGAAAAAGUGUAUCUGCACCAGAAAAAAAGAAAACGAAAUCGGUAAAUUUCGGUUUUUCUGACAUACCUUUGGAAGUAAUCGGAAUUUGUGGGUUUCUGAUCUUCUAGGGCGAUUCCCAAGACAGACCUAGGAUACAUUUCAGUUUUAAUGUCUUUUAGAAACCUUUUUUGAGCUCGUCUGCCAGCAUCCGAAAUCACUUGCGGCACUACUGGAAUGUUUAAACUCUGUCCGAUUCCAUUUUGAAUUUGCAUCAAAGUUCAAAGCCAGCAGACACUUUUGCAUACAAAGGCAAUUACUGCAUUUUAAAUUCGCUAUUGUAUGUCUGAUUCGUAUUGUGUAUAAAAGAUCAAAGUAUACACAAAAUUAAUGACUUAAAGUGACCUACAUUUGAAUGAGCGUCAAAAUUUGUCCGUGGCGUUCCCAGUUUAAAAGCUAAGGGUUCCGAUGGAACGCGCAUUUCGUUUCAUCUCGAGGCACCGACAAUGGAUCGUCCGGGAGUUGAGGAGUUUCUCGCUGGCGCUAACGUUCUUUUGACCGGUGCAACCGGCUUAAUGGGAAAACUGACGAUGGAAAAGCUUCUUCGUUCUUGCAGCGACCUGAAGAAGCUCUACGUGUUGGUCCGCGUGAAAAAAGGAAAAGCCGCCGAGGACCGACUUGCGGAGCUUUUCGAGAAUGUGGUAUUCGAUCAAUUGAAAAAUGAGCAGCCCGAUUUUUUGAGUAAAGUGGUACUUAUCCACGGCGAUUGUGUUCAACCUAAUCUUGGGCUGAGCGAGGAUGAUCAAAACAUGCUGAGGGCAAAAGUGAACUGCGUCCUGCACUUUGCGGCAACCGUCAGAUUCGAUCAAACUAUUCGAACGGCCACCUACAUCAACGUCAGGGCGACGCGAGAUCUUCUGAGGCUCGCCACGGAGAUGCCCAAUCUCAAAUCUUUUGUUUACAUGUCAACGGCCUACUCCCACUGCGUCCGAAGUAGCAUAGGCGAAGAGUUCUACGAAACACCGAUUACCGGGGAGAAACUAAUAACCCUAGUUGACACCUGCAGCGAAGAAUUCCUCGACAGAAUAACACCAACACUUCUGGAAAGUUGGCCGAACACGUACUCGUUCACGAAAGCCGUCGCCGAGGAGGUUGUGCAGUGUUUCAGUGACAGAUUAGCGGUUGCCAUAGUUCGGCCUUCCAUAGUACUGCCAACGGCAAGGGAGCCGUUACUGGGAUGGACCGAUAACAUGUACGGGAUAGUUGGAUUAGUUCUCGGCAUUAGUUUGGGUGUAAUUCGUGUAGCUCGUAUUAAAUUCGACUGUUUGGCCGAUAUGGUGCCGGCAGACUACUGCAUUAACAAUGCCAUUGCCGCCGCCUGGUACGUCGGAGAGAAAACGAACCGGGAAGUCGCCAGCAACUUCGAUAAUCGACCUCCAAUAUUUAACUUCGUAAUUAGUCCCCAUGCCUCCAUCACUUGGAGAAAUUUUUGGAGGUGGGUAGAUGCCCAUUUAAGAAAAAUACCAACAAAAUACCUGGUGUGGUACCCUUGUUGUUUCUUCGUAGAGAAUUACUACACGUACAUGCUCCUCGCCAUUCUUUUUCACCACAUACCGGCGCAUCUCGCCGACUUUGUCAUGCUUUGCCUUGGACGACAGCCGUCCUCCGCGGUUCCCGGAUUUUCCCAUUUAAAUUACCGGCCUGUCGACGGAGCUAGAAAAAUCGAUAAGGCCAUGAAUGCCAUCUCGUACUUUUCGACAAGAGAAUGGAUGUUUUCCGACCAGAACACUCAAGAGCUAUAUCGGCAACUGAAUGACACGGACAAGAAAAAGUUCUUCUUUGAUUUGAGCAACUUCGAUUGGAACCAGUACUUCCGCUCCGGGGUAGAAGGCGCUCGCGUGUACAUUGUUAAGGACCCUUUGGAAACCAUACGGGAAGGGAAAAAACGAUACCGGAAGCUACAAAUUUAUCAUUUCGCUUUAGUAACAGUUUUAUGUUUGGGACUUUUAUGGCUGUGCUAUUUUAUAUUCAAAUUAUUGUUUUAAGUACGCAAUUUUUGAUGAACAUGUAAUAAGUACUAGAGUAGCAUUAGGCACU